AUGGCGGACCAAGACCAGGUGCCAGGUCCCCUUCCCGUCAUUAUCAUUGGCGCGGGAGUCAGCGGCUUGCUGCUGGCGCAGUACUUGCGCAAGACAACGGUCCCCUUCCGCAUCUACGAGCGCGACGCGGACCUCACCACCCGCGGCGUCGGCUGGGGCUUGACUCUACACUGGUCGCUGCCAGCGCUGCGGUCCCUGCUGCCCGAAGACUUGGUUGCCCGGCUGCCGGAGGCUUACGUCGACCGCGCCGCCGUGACAAGGGGAGAGGCCUCGGCGUUCCCCUUCUUCGAUCUCAGCACUGGCGAGCUCAAGGGUGCAAGUCCCCGCGCACCAGAGAGUUUGAGAAUCAGAGUCACGAGGGAGAGGCUAAGGCGGUUAAUUGCCACAGAUGUCGAUAUCCAGUGGGAAAAGAGCCUCGCAAGGUACGAGGAGAAGCAGGACUCGGUCGACGUUUUCUUCGAAGAUGGUUCAUCGGUGACCGGUCGCAUACUUGUUGCAUGCGACGGUGGCCCAUCUCGUGUCCGACGCCAGUUGUUCCCGGACCAGCACGCGAGAUACCAGAUCCCGGUCCGAGUGCUCGGGCUGAAAGUGUUCCUGUCGCCUGAUCAGAUGGCACCAAUGCGAGAGCUCGACCCCUUCUUCCUUCAAGGGACGUCGUCUCGCAACGACACGUUUCUCUAUUUCAGCAUGCUUGGUGCCCCAGGGAACAACGAUGAGAGCACGGGGCAGUACAGUUGCCAGAUGUGCAUAUCUUGGCCGAAUCGACCGGGAUUCUUGGGCAAACAGGAACCGACGGAUUAUCCUCAGACGAACGCCGGCAAGAUCGAGCUCAUCAAGUCGUUUGCCGAAGGAUGGUCGGAGCCGUUUCGCGGCAUUGCACUUGGAAUCCCUCAUGACACCGACGUGAAACAGCUUGACCUCUACGACUACCCUCCGCCAAAGGGACUAAGGUCCAAGGGAAGGGUGGUGUUGAUGGGCGACGCCUUCCAUGCUAUGGCGAUGUACCGAGGUGAGGGCGCCAACCACGCUAUUCUCGAUGUCCUAGACUUCGCGGAGAACGUGACACCCAAGCUAGACGCUGGCUUCACAGAUGUGAGAACUGCCAUCGAUGCCUACGAGGAUGAAGUCGUUGCCAGAGCCCGACCAGGUGUGCUAGCUUCGAGACGGGCCUGCAUGGAUGCGCACGAUUGGCCCAAGAUAAGCCCUACGAGCCCCCUGCUGAGCAAGCGGGAAAUGAAGCUGCACUUUGACGAGGAGUAA